AUAUUAUUACUCAGUUGUAUAUACUUCCACUAGAACACUUUUAUCGGCACAGUACGGCAUCCUUUCAAUAGGACAAAAUCUUAUCAUAUAUUCAUAUCACCGCGACCUGUGCCCCGGACGCCGGGCGGCAUGGCGUUCACAUUUUACAAAUUACACUAUUGGUUGCAUACGGGCCAUUCCGGCAUUGCCUGUUGCUACCGAAGCGUCUGAUACUGUGAACUCGUUUUUUAGAUAAAUUCUUCUCAAAAGCAAACACGUUUUUUCACGACUAAAAACACCGCAACACAUUUUUGAGGCUUUAUCGUACUGUAUAGUAGUCACAUCGCGAGCAGUGUCUAAUGGUUUUAUUCUUUGUAAGCUUACAGAUUCCAUAUUUUAUGCAUGACUAAAGUAAAUUCGACUUAUUAUUGCGUAUUUGCAUGUGUUAUGCUACAAGUGAACUAAGACUGUGUACGCAAUUAAUUCAGUUCUGUAUUAUUUAAAACCACUUUUCAUCACAGCGAGUUGAUUUUACUUUAUUCAAAAAUAUAAUUAUUGAAGCCAACGCAGGCACAUAAUAUUUUAGCUGUAACACAUACCUAUUUGUGUCUGUCAUCGAAUUACUGUGAAAUGUGUUCAAUGUCAAACCAAACUUAUUGGUUGCUUCCGACUCGGUUUUGUGUAAAAGUAUUUGUUUGACUUCAUGGUAUAAUUAAUUAUUCUACUAAUUCUCACUAAAAGAAUACACUUAAGAUUAAAAUUCACCCAACUACUGAAUGGCCUAAGUAUUGGAUUAAGGUGUUUGAUUUUGAAGAAGGAUAUCAGAAUAAGGCAUGUUUAAUAAUACAUGUUUGACAAAUCUUUAAAACUGCCAAAAGAAUUUCUAAGCCAAGAGAAAUCUGUAUUUUUGUAUAUAUUUAAAUAAUUUACAAGAUUAAUAUGUCUGGAAUUCCACAAAUCAAACAAGAGUAUGAAACUAUAAUACUUAAAGAGUUUAUAAAACGAGAACCUAUUGAUGAACCUAUAGAUGAAUCUCUAGAAUUAAAUUUUGAUAAUGAUCAUAAUGAUAUCCCAUCUACUAAUCCAAGUAGCACAGAAAAUUCUAAUUCUACCACAUACAAAAUCAAUAAGGAAAUUAAAGUUGAAGUAGAUGAAAUUGAUGGUUUUAGAUAUGAAAGUAUUAUUGAAAUUGAAAACCAUUAUGAACAAUUAGAAUCUCUAUUACUAUCUAAACAAAGUGGUUAUAAGUCACCCAACAAAAAAAAUGUAAAAAAUGCUCACAAAGUAGUUCAUAAAACUGAUAAACCAUUUAACUGUGACACUUGUAAUAAAACAUUUUCACGGAAAGAACAUCUCAAGAAUCACCAGUGGAUUCAUACAGGAAAAAAGCCAUAUAAAUGUGAAAUUUGUAAAAAAUCAUUUUCACGGAAAGAUAAUUUUAAAACUCACAAUAUGACUCAUACUGGAGAGAAACCAUUUAAAUGUGCUUUAUGUCAUAAAUCAUUUUUACAUAAAGGUCACAUAAGAACUCACAUUAGAAUCCAUACAGGAGAAAGACCAUUUAAAUGCAAUUUAUGUAAAAAAUCAUUUUUACAGGAAGGUCACUUAAAAACCCACAAAAAAAUUCAUACAGGAGCAAAACCAUAUAAGUGCAAAAGUUGUAAUAAAUCAUAUUCACGGGAAGACAAUUUAAAAAGUCACAAAAAGAUUCAUUUGGGAGAAAAACCAUUUAAAUGUGAUAUAUGUAAGAAAUCAUUUUUUCAAAAAGGUCACGUAAGAAUUCACAUGAGGAUACAUACAGGUGAAAAACCAUAUAAAUGCACUAUUUGUAAAAAAUCAUUUGCAAGGAAAGACAACAUGAAUGGUCACAUUAGGAGAAUGCAUGCCAUAAAAAAUGAAUAUUAACAUUUUGCAAUAAUAUGUAUACUAUUAUCGAAUUAUCAAUAUGUUGUAAUUAUAGUUUAUUAUAAAUUAAUUUUAUGUUAAUCAUAACACCUUUUUUAAUUGGAUUUUUUUCAUUAAUCAAAUGGUUUUUAUCUGAUUUUAUAUCAUACUAUUUUCCUUGUAAAUGUAAAAUAUAUUUUAAAAUACUAAGUAUUAUUGUUUAUUAAUGAUUGUAACAUUUAUAAGUAUCCCAACAUUUGUAACUUAGUAUAUAAAGUCUUAAUUUUCUAAAAUAUAUUAUUAUUUUUAUAAAGUAAUUUCAAAAUCACUUUUUAAAUAUAUAUAUAUUUUAUAUUAAACUUAAUGUGCUAGCUAAUAUAGUUAAUUUAAUGAUUAAUUACUGUUGAUUAAAUUAACUUUGUAAUCACACACUAUGAUAUAGUAUUUUACAAGUUAAAAAUGAUUGAUAAAAGAAUUUAUAUUGAAAGCUUUAACGUAAGCGUUUGUUAGUCAAAUAUUUUUUAUUUUUUUAUUUUAUUUGUAUAAUUGUUAAAGAUUAUUUUCCAUAAACUUGUAAGUUGUAUGUAAUAAUAAUGAUGAAAUGAAAGCUACUAACCUCUUUGUUAAUUAAUCUAAGUACUGUGAAGAAAGUAUUGUUUGCGCAAUUUUCUUCAAUAGUCAAUGAUGUCUAACAAAUAGAAGCGUUUGUAAAGUAUUCAUAAUUUAUUGUAAUAAAAUGUAUUUUAGUUGAUUUAUUUUAAAUGUAUAGCUAUUCUAAAUAUUAAUGUUAAUUAACAAUAUUUAUAUAUAGUUAUAUUCUGUGUUUAUUUUAAGACAAUAAUAUUAAUAUUAUAAUUUUGAUCAAUAAUUUUUCAAUUUCAGUAUAAUAUUAUAAUCCUUACAAAAAUUGAUAUAAUUAAACAUUUGUCUGUUUAAAUUUAUUUAUAAUCAUUUUAAGUUAGAGUUAUGGUAUAAAUACUUAAUGUAAGUUGCUUAACUUAAUCAAAUCAAAAUAUUUUCAAUGACCUUAAAUGUCAUCAUUACUAAUAUUUAUAAUGUAUUAUAUUAAAUGUAUGAAACAAAGUUAGUUAGAUUAUGGUAAUUUAUAUGUAUGUUGAAUCUGCACUGAUCCAAUGUAAAAUAUGCAAUUUAUAAUGUGCUAUUAACUAUAUUUUAAGUUUUUAUAUCUUUAUGAUGUAUAAUUUAUGUAAUAUAAUAUGAAAAGAUAUAUUGAUGUGUCAUUUUCCUCAAAUGCCAUAAUGUAAUUCUAAUGUAUUUACUCGUGUAUUUACCUCUCGCAAUAGGUAACUUUUCAAUUUGUCUAGCUUGAGUUUCGGUAGUAAGGUCAAUAAAGUUAUUUAUAUUAUAUUAAUAUCAUAUAUCAAAUUAUAUUAUUAAAAAAAUAAUGAGAAAUGGAUAAAGUCACAAUUUAAAUAUCAUAUGUUUAUACUAAGCUUUUUAAAACUAGUAAAAACCUAAUUCAUAAUACUAUGCGACUACAAUUUUAUUUCAAAUAUUUACUGUUUAUUUUAUACAAUGUCUUACAUUUUUUUUA